GUUGCAGUUAGAUAGGGGAGGAUAGGAGCUUGCAGUGCCCAGCAGCAGCCACUGAAUGGAAGAGAGAGGCUGGCACUUUCAUCUCAAUAUCCUGCUCUCCCCUCACUCCACACGUCUACCUAUUUACUUUAGCGUGUAGUGAUAGUAGCAGGACAGUGUACUUAUAAUGCAAGACUAAGAAGAACCCCCAGGGGCACCUAUAUAGUGACAUAAUGUAGGUCAGUUUAUUUGCAUGCCAUCAUAUGGCCAGCCCUGUGCACACAUCAGUCAGUCUGCUUACUAGCAGCCUCCCAGACAGCGGGGCUGUUGUGGAUAAUCUAGCUCUGGAUCUGUGCUGCUGGUGCAUUAUUCUGCAUUGUUCCUAGCAGCCUGAAGACAAAGACAGAGGUUACGAUUUGAUGCUUUGGUGUAAUCCCUUUGGAGGGGUGGGGAGCCUGUGUUCUGUACAUCACUGCUGCUGAGGUGGCUUCGAAGACGGAUCCGAUCUGCUCUAUCAAGGGGAUUAUUCGCCCAAAUCACAUCUGCUGGCUGGAAACGCAUUGUACAAGUCCCCAUGACAGCUCGGUGCCCCCGGAUCCCCAUCACUCUGUCCGGAGACUGCACUCUACACUGACUGACACACAGGGCAGAGUGAACAGCAGAAGACCAACAGAAUAAAAGAAAAGAAUCUAAGGUCUUCAGUACGAGAGGAGCCAUUAUUACAGUGUCGAUCCCCUGUUACAUGGCAAGGAAUGUGAGCUCGGAGCCCUUACAGUUAUCACUGAAAGCUGAUUAACUUCUGAAGAGAUUUAUACAUUCAUCCUGCAGUGUCACCUUAAAGAUAAUCAUUGUCAUUAAUUCUCAUAACAGUUCUGCUGCUAAAACUGUACAUGUAAAGCAGUCAUUAAACAUAAGAUAACCCCAGGAAAACUGGAAAAUAGUGGAUCACAAAUUCCUCCUGUAUAAGUCAUAUGGAUAAAAGCUGACUCACUUCUCUAUCAUUACACUACGUGUCCUAGCGUGAAUAGUAAGCUACAAAACACUGUAUGUAGUUUUCCUUUUUCUUUUAAAAUAAAUUUUCUGCCUGUGAACUCUGCUCCAGUGAAAGGCCUAACAAAGUGCAGAUCUUAGCUGUGCUAAUUGGAAACAGGUAAUGAUGUAAAUAAAACAAUCCUUUCUGGGCAAACAUUAGAGGGCUGAAAAUCUUGUAAAGUUCAAAAGAUCAGUAUUAUGUGUAACUGCUGCAGCCCUGACACACCCCUCUGCUCCCAGCAGCGAGAUCAGCAGUCUGUGAAAGGCGCAGUGUUGAAACAAACCCUAUCUGGUUGUAUGCCAAAGACACAGAAGUGAGAAAAAGAGAACGCACAGUAAAACACAGUGGAUAUGUGAUUGCAGCUUCACAAAACUGCAGGACAUGGAGAACUCGGUGUCUAUUGCAUGUUAUCCAGGUGAUCUGAAUGUAAAUGAUGGAAAAACAGGGACUUCUGCAAAGGGGACAUGUGAGUACAGCACAGUGCCUGGAGAUGGGACGGAGGCAAGUGGCAGCUCUGUACAGCUUAUACACAGUGAGAUAGACAGUAUACACCAUUCUGAGACUAAUGGUGGCUACAGUCAUCAAUCUGACCCUGUUGGGAAGCCCCUGCUUAACCUGGAGACUUCUGGGCAAGUAUCUUACAAUGAUGCUGAUGACAUAUCAGUUUCUGAACCACUGAGUGAUGGGAGCAUAUUGACUGGAGGGAGCCAGUGGGACAUGAGCAAUGCUGAAUCAGAAGAAGAUGGUGAGGAAAGAAGUUUAUCUGAGUCUGUCUCAAUAAGUGAUAGUCUCCAAGAACAUGGGAAACAAUGGGGAAACCAACAGAGGGAAGACUGUGCUAUCCGUAAAUCUGGUGAAUCAAGUGACAAGCAGGAAAGGGAUAUCCAACUUGGUAUCAUUGAUCCUCCCGGAGAACCAGACCUGGUGAUUGAAGUGACUGGUGGACAAAGGAUCAAAGCACAUAAGUCUAUUUUAGCUGAGAAAAGUGAUUACUUUAGGGCACGAUCAUCAAGAGACAUGCUUAAGAUCAAAGGUAUAAGUUACCAGACUUUGCAAUUACUUGUGGAUUAUAUUUAUAGCUUAAAACUGGAGGUGAAGCAGGACAAUGUAGUGGAGGUAAUCAGUGGCGCAAAGUUCCUGCAGAUCCCUUGUGCUGUGCAGUGUGCCAUGGAUAGCAUGAAAUCCCAGAUAUCACUCAAGAACUGCUAUCAGGUACUCUACAUUGCAAAGAAGCAAAGACUGAAUGAGCUUAAGGAGGCUGCCUACAAAUUCAUGAGUGACCACUUCCUACAGGUUCUGAGAGACCCAGCAGUCUAUGGCAGGCUGACAGGGGCAGAGAGAGACCUUAUUCUUAAACGCAGAAUGGAUGGAAAACAGCACUUGGCUGUGGCAGACAUCAAUGAUGCAUUUGAACGCUUGAGCAGUUGUAGUAGACCCCAAAGUCGAGAGAGCAGUAGACCACAGAGCCCUUCAUCAAUUAUAUCACUGGAGGAUGAUGCAAACACCUAUCAGGUACAUUGCUACAAUGAAUCCACUAGGAGAUGGAGGUCUCUGACUAAAUUGCCAGAGGAGGCAAACACCAAAGGUUGUGGGGUAUGUGUAUUCUAUAACUAUCUGUUCAUUGCUGGUGGCAUUAAAGGUAGUGGUGAAAAGGCAAAACUUUCUGACCAGGUCUUUUGCUACAACCCAUUAACUGACUCUUGGGAUAAGGUUCGCCCACUCUCUCAGCCCCGUUCUCAGCUGAAACUCUUGGCACUUGAUGGCUACCUGUAUGCUAUCGGAGGUGAGUGCCUCUUUACGGUGGAAAAGUAUGAUCCUCGCCUGGAUCGUUGGAGCUCAGUAGCUUCAUUACCUAAGGGUGCAUUUGCUGUUGCCCAUGAAGCUACAACCUGUAAUGGAGAGAUUUAUGUAUCUGGUGGGACUCUUUUUUACCGUCUACUCAAGUAUGAUCCCAAACUAAAUGAGUGGCAGGAGUGUCCUUUUAACAACAGCCGUCGGCGCUCUGCUGGCAUGGUAUCCCACAAAGGCUGCAUCUACCGAUUUGAUAUUAGCCGUGAUCAUGGCCUUAGCGUUUUUACCUACAAUUCAAUGGCCAGGCACUGGAGUCAGGGGGUCAACCUGCGUCCUGGUCCAGGACCACCUCCUCCCAGUUUGCCAUUUCGAUGCACAGUGAUGGGAAAUAACAUCUAUUGCUUGAAUCGAGCUAUAACACUGAGAGUACCGCUGCCUGCAGAAGGAACUGGGGGAGAAAUGAGUGUUUGUGAGCCAGAGUACUUUCCAUCACCAGAAGAGGCUAAGGGGGUCUUAUUUUCAUUUGUUCUCUCUUUGCCUGAGACCAAAUCAGUACAUUAAGACCAAGGUCUGUACAUGCAUAAUUAAUUCGUCAUUGGCAUGUUUUAUACGUUCAUUAAUUUAGAUGACCAAAUACAUGUAUGCCAACUGCACAAGCUCACAUAAAACUGCAUGUCAGUCACUGUACAGAUAUCAUAAAUAUGUGAGUAUACAGCUCUUAUAACUGUUUAUUUAUUGGGAAAUGUCCUUGUAAAGCAAAGCCAGCAUACAGACCCUAAUCAAGAGAGAUGUUGCAUGUAUUAGUCAUAUUGCUAUGUGUUUAAUAUUAACCAUGCUGUGGGGACAGGAAGGGGUCAACACUUGUAAUAAGAAAGCAGUAGGAAGUAAUGCAGGUAAAUGGAAUUAUAUCUGAGAAACGCUGCUAACCUUUGGAGCUGUGCAUUAACACAUCCUAUUACUGUAUAUUACACAUUACCCUUCUGUUAUUGAAAUGAUCCUUACAUCACAUGUAAAGAUAGUGCACCCACAUUUACAGUAGGUAAGAAAGCUGAAACCAUUUAUUAUGGAAGCAGAGUGCCACUGAAUUGCAAAACAUGCUUUGCUUGCCUUGCCAAGUAAUUUUGGUACAUGCAGCUUACAGUACCUGUGAUACUGUAUAGGAUAAAUGAAUCCAUAUGUUGCUUAACCUUUACCUUUCUGCAUGUUAUUCAGUGAGCAUAUUCAUCUUAAUUAUAUGGAAAUAGUCAUUCCAACAUUUUUACUACUGAAACAUUCAUGGAUAUUGGAAGUUACAUUCGAAACUAAUGACCAAGUUAUGCACGGUAAUUCAUAUGAUCAUUUGACCAUUUCAGUGUAAUUUGGUGUAAAGAGACAUCAUAUUAUUAUAGAUGCUAUAGUAUUCACAUGGGAGUUCACUGAACAUAUAUUGCAUUUUGAACUAAACUGACAUUUUAAUUUGAUUUAUACUUUGACAUUUAUAUUUGUUUCUUCCUCGGAAAUGCUGCAUCUUAAUGACACUAGCAUAGCCUGUAUAACCCCAAUGGGAAGCAUUUGUGUGCUGUGUUAUUCCAGGAAAGAAAUGCAUUGGGAACUUCCCACCCCACUACAGAAACUUUGCUGGAAAAUGAAUCUAACAAUCCAUAAUAAUUAACUUUGUUCCUGAUUUACAUUACAAAAACUGCAUUAGUUUAUUGAUAUAAUGCAUAAGUAAUAUGCAUAGACUCCUGUAAAUAAUAGAUGUAUAAACAGUGUCAUCACUGCAUUGUUCAUUAUAAAAACUUGUGUAUUAAAUGGAAUAAUGAAUAUUGGAUAUUAUAUAUAUACAAAUAUAUAUAUAUAUAUAUAUAUAUAUAUAUAUAUAUAUAUAUAUAUAUAUAUAUAUAUAUAUAUAUACCCUUACGGAUAUUGGAAUCAUGGAAGAUUUAUCUGACAUGCCCAGAAACAUGUGGCUUACAGCUGUGAGCUUUUAUAAGAUCACAAAACUCUAUAAUUUGAAGUAGUGCACUAUCCUAUAUAAAAAUAGCAGAUGAAUGCAAUAGAUGGUAAAACAGUUGAAAACUAGAAAAACUGUUAUGUUCCUUUUGGAAGUUUGUUAUACUGUCUUAUAGUGACAAAAACUGUUUCUCUUUAAGAUUUUAUACACAGUUGUUAAUUUUACACAUUCUUAAUGACUAGCUCUUUAAAUGCGCUAUACGCUGCUUACUAAAAGAAUAAAGUCUGUGCAAUAUAUAGGAGUUCAUUGGAGAGAAUGUAAAGUACAGUACAAAAUGAACUAUGCUGUAGUGAACCUUUGGAAUACUCUGUUAAAAGCUAUCACUGAGGCAUUGUUUUGCAAUGCUCCUGUGUGCAUGGUGGAUUUACUGUAUAUUGACCCAGAUCUAACUACAUAACCUGUUUGUGUUGAACAAAGUUGCUUUUCUUAUGCAAACUUAAACCAUUCUUGCUGGAAAAUGAGCUUCCAGUGAUUAAAAACAAGCAGAAAUGGAUUCAUCAUGCCUGUGUGCACUGCGUGAUACAGCUUUCAUAGUAGAUUGACAGGUACUGUUUGCACUUUAGCAAUCCUGAGCUUUGGAAAAUGUUUUUUCCAUGUAAACUAUACUUUCCAUUUUUCUUUGCUGUAAGCAAUCCACAGUUUGUGUAAAAUGAAACCUAAUGGCUUAGCGCACCCAUCGCUCAAUCGUUAAGCGAUUAAAGUUCAAAAACUGCAAUCAGAGACAUAGCUGGAAAAACAAAGCUGCAGUAAUAUAUAUUUUAUACUGUCCACAGACACUCUGUAGGAGCAUUUAUCUAGAUGACUCUUACUCAUAUAGGCAUGAUGCGCCGCUACUGCUCAGUUUAAUGUAACCUACUGUUCCCGAUCCACAGUGAUGGUCCAGGGAAUUGUAUAGUUGAUAGAUGGAUUAUUUUUAGUCUACUGACAGGAGUAACAUUUCUUUAUGACUAAUCUCUGAUGAUAGGACAUCACAAUUUAUAUGCCUUCUACUGACAGGAGCAAUAUUUUGUAUUUCUGACACCAAAUGUAUUAUUGACAAGAAUGUAUAGCAAAGACUGUGUAUAGUAACCUGAAAUAACUUGCAUGUUUAGAAUUAGCUAAAUAAAUCUACAGUACCAUGUUCUCCUGCCAUUUUAGUGGUGAUUCUCUUUGAAUUGAACGGCAGAAAUACUAUAUUGGCUGGCUGACUCAUAUACAGAGGUGGUAAGGCCAGUGAUGUUGCAGUAGCUCAAAUCAUGGGAGUAUUCAAUUAGUGCUGUUUUUUUACACUUUUUGCUAUUUUUUACGGCGAAUGGGGAUUCGCCCUAUGCAAUAGCAGGGCCUUUUUUGGCCUAGAUGAAACAUUCGGUAGGAGCGAAAAACAUGUGGAUCGGCGAAUCCGCAUGUUUUCGCACCUGCGCCGGUGAAAACGCUGGUUGUUUUCACUAAUUUUGAGGCAUUUUUCGCCAAAAAAAAGAAAGAAGUGAAAAGGCAUUGGUGAAAAAUACCUUAAAAACAGGCGAAAAUGGUCCGCAAUUGAAUACUCAGGGGGGUAAAUGCGAUAGCUCCGAAAUUGCUGGGGCUAAUUCAAUACCCCCCUUUGUAUCAAAUCCCUUUUUGACACUUUGGCAGAUGUAUCUGUCUGUAGUAGUGAUAGAAUACUUUAACGGAGCAUAAGUCGAAUAUCAAGCCAGCAAUGUUACCAGUAUGAUUCAUAUCUAAUAUUGUAAAUGUUGGGGUUUAGUUGUCCCUUAACCACGGGGUGCAGUAUAGGGAGGUACUGGUACCUAAAACUGGGGGGGUAAACACUAUGAUUCACGAGCAAGUUAGUAGUCAUUGGCUAUGAACUGGAAGUCAUGUCUUUACUUAGUAUGGCCAAUAAACUGUUAUGAGAGAUACAGAAAAAAUAAUUUUAUAUAUAUAUAUAUAUAUAUAUAUAUAUACUGUAGUAUGCACCAAAGGCAGUCUAUUCCCAAGAAAGUGCUUUAAAAGGCUUUCUUUCACAACUUGUAGCUUAAAGCGACAUAAGUAUUACUAGUUGUUUUUUGUUGUCUGUACAGAAUUGCAAUGUUUCACUUUAUAUGCAUGAGGGACAUGUACAUUUUAUCUGUAGCUAUGAAUGGGCCAUAAAUCAGCAAUCAUAAAAAACAAUUCACAGAUUCUGUGAUUUCCCCCCACCCAAUUUGAAGAUUCCCCAGUUCACCAACCUGUGCCCCCUAAUUACAGUACAUUACAGAUAGUUUUCAGUGAUUUGCAGAUCAUUUUCAGCAAAUACAGAGAUCUGCCAACCUUUAAAGGCUCAUCAUUUUACUAGUAACGGUCUGCAAAUCUGCUGAAAUGUCACCUCCUUAUCUUGAAACCUUCCCAUUCCUUUGUGUACCACCACCUCAUAUGUACUAACAAGAGUGUCCCAUGGGAGCUAUUGCCUUCUUUCUUUCCUUUUUUCCAUUGCAGUAAAGGGGCAUUACAUCUCUUUUAGAACAAUCCAUGUUUUGAAGAGUUUUCCUUCUUGAAUAAGGCAACUGUGCUCUUAGGGAGCUUUACUGUCACCCAGAGACACCCCUGGGUGCUGAUAAUGAGUUUGUCUUCUCAUUCAUACAGGUGCUUCGGGCACUGUAUGAGGCUGUCCUCAAAGAGGAGACGUUUGUCUUGUUCAGAAAACAGCAGGACAGACCAAUUGUGUGCAGCCUAGUGUGUCCUCCAUGUUAUCAAGGGGCUCCCAUCACACAGCCCAGGGUGGGGGGAACUCCCCUUAGGCGAGUCUGUAAAUGUUUACAGGUGAAAUAGGGUGAGCACUGUGUGUCUAUCUUACAAGUCAGUGUGUGUCUGUGUGACCUGUGAACCUUUAUUCUAGCACUGUCAUUGUGACUGCCCCUCAAUGCAGCAUGUGAUUCUGUCCUGUCCUGUAAGUGUAUCUGUCUGACUUGUGAGUCUGUCUUCUAGCACUGUCAGUGUGUCUGUCCAUUAGUCCUGCUUGUGGUUCUGUUUGUCCUGUCAAUGAGUCUCAGUUUUGUCUGGCUGUUCUCCAAUACUCUCAGUUGGCACUGCACAAGUUAGUUUGUGUUAUGAUGCUAUAUGGCCAUCCACCACCAAGCAUGGGAAAUAUUGACUGUGAUGAUUAUUUGACAUUUUACAGUUGUUAUUAUAAGAGAUUAAACACAUUAAGUAAAGUGACAUAGACCAUGUAGUUGAUGCAGCAAGAUGCAGACCUGAAGGCACCUGAAACUUACACUGUGUGGUGAAUGCAGAUAACUUCACUGCAGGUGUGGGGAAAAAACACCACAUUACCCUUUUAAAUAUAGUAUUAAUCUCAUUAGUUAAGACUGUGUGAAUAUGCAGCACCUUUAGACUAAGCCAUAAAUAUGAGAUCAUUUAUCUACAGAAAGUGUCUGCUUUAGGAUUACUGCUGCAGUUUUUCUUGACUUUGUUCCUUAUUCAAGUAUUUAAUAACAUCCCCCCCCCCCCCCCCCCCCCUUCCCCUUCCUGGUAGAAAUCCUGCCCUUGCAUAUUUAACAUAUGCUGUGUUCUGUAGCUACUACUGUAUUUCUGAAAUGUAACUUUUCUGGCCUCUGGCAUACCUGGUCUUUUACAACAUACUGUAUGUAAUAUUAUUUUCGAACUCUGAUAAGAAAGCAGAAAGUUACUGUUCUGUAGUUCACGUUUAUGAAUGCAAAAUGUGCUCUUGCAUAGAAUAACAUGUUAAUACAUUUUACCAAACAUUUAUGGCAGUGGUUCCCAAACUUUCUUGAAUCACGGCACCCUAAUGUAACAGCAUUUUUGUUAUGGCACUCGUAGAAUAAAAGUUUUUUUUAUUGGCAAAUUUUGAAAAAAAAGAUGAAAUUAAUUAAAUUGUUCCAAUCACUUAGGUUCAAUUACAAGGUUAUGGAUCAAUGGGUCGACAGUCAGAAGGCCAACAAUGUCUACAUGCACAAGAUCAACAUGGUGAAAAUGUCGACAUGGAAAUGGUCGACACAUGAAAAGGUCGACGGUAGUUUUUAGUGUUUGGAUUUUUUGGUCAAAAAUGUCCCUUACAGCACAUGGACCCCAAAUUAGUGCACCGUGUCCCCUCGCGUACUUAGCUCAAUUGCCAUACUUUGGGGGAGGUUACUAUUCCCAAUUGUAGUACACAUGGAUAGUAAAGUAUGAAAAAGUCCUAAAAAUGGAAACAAUUAUACCAAAAACUCAUGUCAACCUUUUCAUGUGUUGACCAUCGUCAUGUCAACCUUCUGUCCAUGUUGACCUUUUGACAAUGUCGGCCAUAUGCAUGUUGACCAUUUGAUGUCAACCUACUGGCUGUCAACCUUUUCACUGUUGACCUAUCAUCCAGAUACCCAGUUACGUGGUGGUGUACAGUUGUGCUUCUGAUUGUUCACAUGUUUUAUGAUUGGCAGUUAUUAGCACUGGUUUUGCCUAUCAAUUUGCCCACCAUCCCAAGGUACCCCUGCAAGAGGCUUGCGGCACACUAGGUUGCCUAGCCACACAGUUUGGGAACCAUUGACCUAUGGAAUAGCAGUACAACAGUGAGCUCUCCAUAUAAAUAUGGUACCCAAUGGAGCAACUUUCACACUAUUGUUUCCAAAAAACAGAGUGCAUAUCAUGGUUUGGAUGCCGCUUCUUUUUUAUGUUAUUUCCAGAAUGCUAAAGGGCUAUAAGUAUAAAGCCGCUGAGACAAGUUGUUCUCAGCCACCAAUAUAGGGAGCAUUGCAGGUGGUGGAUCGGUUACACAGACCAUGGAGUACUAGGUCAUUUUCACAGUUAUUUUAUGUGCUCCUAGUUCUACAUGCCCCUGACCUGACAAUUUUCAUGUGUUGUGUUCAUCUUUCCACCCCCAGCACAAAGACAAUGUAUCAUACUCUUAGCACUUAUUUUCUAGUCCCAUUGAGCAAUGGACUGGUGAUGGUACAUAUCCCAGCAGAGAGACACAGACCCACUUUGAGUAAUUUACAUCUGAAUGGUACAGAGCUCAGGACAACAAAACAUCGCCCUCUGUGACACAAAACAACACAAAAUGUAACUAUUAAAGUUAUUGCCAAUUUGAAGGUUCCAUUACCAUCUAUUCUAGAUUCCUGUGUGUUUCCUAGGAGCUCAUAGUAAACUAAACCAAGGCUUAUUGCACAUCUGGGUGUAAAAGAGGACCAACCAGCACUAAACAAGACACGCUUAUUUAUGUUUAUGUGGUUGUAAAAGCUUACCACUUAAUGAUAAAUCCCACUAAGAAAUACAUACAUUUAGAGGAAACAAUAGCUCAAGAUCCCCCCAUCACACACAUUGUUAAUGGAAGGCCAUACAUUCUUCAGCCCACUAACCUGUGCAACAAAGCAAAUUACUGUGACUUCCACAUGCAAAUCAUCCUCACUUCUUCAUCAAUGGGGUUGCUCUUCCCCAGUCCUCCAUAAAACUGCUAUGUUGUAGUUAAUUUCAACCCUGCAGUUCCUAUGCUCUGUAUUGUUAGUGUUUUAUAAGUAGCAAUGUUAUCAAAAGGUAAGGUACAGUAUUAACUCAGAAAACGUAUUUUAUGUGUAGACCAGUGUUCCUGAAACUUUGGUCCUGACGCACUCAAAAGAUGGUCAAUAAACAGGAAUAGGCGGAUUUGAAUGGAGAGUAUAACAACAAUGGCACAGUUGCUAAUUUGAUUAUAUACGUCGGUGGUAUUUGUAGAAGAUUGUUUUCUCUCCCAACAAGUCCUGAGUUUGUGGGAGUUGCCUGAGCAAAAUGUGUGGUGACACUCUAUGAUACAGGCUAGAGUUAAUUCUUCACAAGUUAUUAACACACAUAGGAGGUAAUUGCUGUUCCAUGUGAUAUGAGCAGAAGUCAACAACAGUGAUUAUAGAAUGGUAACAUGACUUUAGGCAGGAUAGGCAGAAUUAUGCAAAUUAGGCUCAGCUCAUCAUUCAAUUUCUGAUUUAAACUAAUACAGCAAGCAUUGAGCACAUAUUUAGAAGUGAGAAACAGGUUACCAGUAUGUGCUAUACAUUUUAUAGGGUUUAUACUACUACAUUCAUUUUACUUCUUGGUCCUUGUAGGCAGAAAACAGUCUAACUGAUAAAUAUUCUGACCACUUCUGGAUCACAGGUUUGAUAUUUGUUCCUUUAUGUACAGACUUUUGACUAGAUUAGCAUAACUCAAUACAAAACUGCCAUAGAUAUGACAUACGUAUCAUUUAAAACAGUUCCAUUUCAUCCUUACUGCGAUCUAUGAAUUGUACAGAUACUAUACCAUGUAAAUACGCACGACUCUAAGUGUUUUUUGCAAAGUGUCCAUCCAGUAAUCAUUUCAUCAUUAUGAGGCUCUUGUUUACAGCAAUGCAUUUCAAAUUGUUCAACAAAAGAAAGUUUAUAUGAUAUAAUGUAACUUUUUAUAAAACUAAUAUUGUAGGUCUAACUUAAUGUAACUGGAAAUAGAGAACCAUUCUGGGGUAAUUUCCUUUACUUUAGCCAUUUCUUGGCAUGUUUUGGUAUUUCUACUGUUCUGUGAAUCUGUACAAUGCUAUGCAUUUAAUAAUAGUUGAGCAUUUUAAUAUGCAUUGUAUUUCCUCUUUGUACCUGCUUUCGCACUUAAAAAUGUUUCAUUGGAAUAAUUGCAGUCUGUUUCAAACCUUCAGGGUUAAAAAAAAAUUAUUCCAGUGUGUCUUUUCUUAUCUGACAGCUAAACUGUUGUUGCCAUUACAGAAGCUGCCAUUGCACAUUUAUUUUACAUUCCAGGAAUUGCUGAACUGAGUAUUGUUUUACUACGUGGAUUAUAGUAAUGAAUAUCGGAGGAACAUGAGUAAUAGAAACUCUCAGAUACCCUUAUUUCUGCUUUUUCCUCUGUAUGCAUUUGUUUAAUUUCAAUGUUAUGUUAAUUGUUAUUACAGAUUAAAGAUGAUCUUGUACUAUUAAAAUAGCAGUGUUCUAAAGAAAA